CCAUGUCCGGACGAGGAAAGCAGGGAGUUAAAGCGCGCGCUAAGGCCAAGAGCCGUUCCUCCCGCGCGGGGCUGCAGUUCCCCGUGGGCCGUGUCUAUCGCCUCCUCCGCAAGGGCAAUUACUCAGAACGUGUAGGGGCUGGCGCGCCGGUUUACCUGGCAGCGGUGCUCGAGUACCUAACGGCUGAGAUCCUGGAGCUGGCAGGGAACGCAGCCCGCGACAACAAGAAGACACGCAUCAUCCCGCGCCACCUGCAGCUGGCCAUCCGCAACGACGAGGAGCUCAACAAGCUGCUGGGCCGUGUCACCAUCGCGCAGGGCGGUGUCCUGCCCAACAUCCAGGCCGUUCUGCUUCCCAAGAAGACUGAGAGCCACCACAAAGCCAAGGGCAAGUGAGG